GCAACUGCAACACUGCAAGAAAGAUAGAUAAAAAGUGACGUUAACAGAGAGCUGAAACCCACAAAAGAUACGGAUCACGGCAUAAAGUACCGUGUCCGCACUUUUCGUACCCGCUUAACUGUUAGACCUUGGGCUUGAAUGUCCUUUUUGUGAUUUUCUGACGAGAUAUUGUAUGAACCCCUAGUCCCCCAGCUUGCUUUCUAGAGAGCGUCAGAGAGAGGUAGGGAGAGAGAGUGAUCGAGCGAGCUACAGAGCUAGCCAGAGUUAGCUAGUCACUGCAAUGGCCUCCGACACUAGCGCUAGCAACAUGGACAGAGAAAUGAUUCUUGCUGACUUUCAGGCAUGCACUGGCAUAGACAACAUUGCAGAAGCAAUAGCUCUUCUAGAACUGAACAACUGGGAUUUAGUGGCAGCAAUCAAUGGUGUGAUUCCACAAGAAAAUGGCAUCUUACAAAGUAACUUCUCCAGUGAGGCGUCCCAGGCGAAUCUGUUUGGGCCACACAGCCAGCCGCCAGCAGCAGCAGCAGCAGCAGCAGCAGCACCCCCGCCGCCCCCCUCCUCCUCUUCUCCCCCGCCAUCGUCCUCCUCCUCCUCCUCCUCCUCCGCGUUCUGCCCCGUCCUCCCCACGCGGCACAUCAUAGAGCGGCAGCCGCGGAUGCUGAACUUCCGCGUGGAGUACCGCCAGCGCACCGUGGAGGUGGUGCUGGAAGAGGCCAGCACUGUGGGUGAAAUGAAGCAGAUUCUGGAAGCUGAAUUGCAGGUCCCUGCAUCAAAAAUGCAGCUAAAAGGCUGGAAGAGUGGGGAUGUGUCUGACAGUACUGUUCUGCGAAGUUUACACUUGCCCAAGAACAACAGCCUGUAUGUUCUGACUCCUGACAUCGCCCCCACCGCCAGCACCAGCCAGAACAGCUCUCUACAGGAGUCCCUAAAUCCAAACUUCCUGCUCGUCAUCAGCCACCGCGAGGCACAGCGGGACUACAGCCUCAACUUCCCCGGCAGCAGAACCAUUCAGGAGGUGAAACGGAACAUAUCGGACCUGACGAAUAUUCCUGUGCGGCACCAGCAGUGGGAGGGCUGGCCUGCUUCUGCAACUGACGAUUCGGUGACACUGGCUGCUUCGGGGAUCAGCUACCCCUGCCAUCACCUAAGCGUGUGCCGGAGGUUCUCCCCAGCUAACACCCGGGAGCAGUUUGAAGAGUGCACAGAUGUUCACAUGGUAAGCGACAGUGAAGGGGAUGAUUUCGAGGAUGCUUCGGAAUUCGGUGUGGACGAGGCAGAAAUGUUUGGGAUGGGGACCUCGGGGUGUCGAAAGUCUCCCAUGAUGCCAGAGAACACAGAGAAUGAGGGGGAUGCCUUACUGCACUUUACUGCCGAAUUUUCAACGAGAUAUGGAGACUGCCAUCCAGUCUUCUUCAUCGGCUCUCUGGAGGCAGCAUCUCAAGAGGCCUUCUACGGCAAAGCCAGGGAUAGAAAGCUGCUGGCCAUCUACCUCCACAACGACGAGAGUGUCCUCACCAAUGUCUUCUGCUCCCAGAUGUUGUGCGCAGAAUCCAUAGUUUCCUAUCUCAGCCAGAACUUCAUCACCUGGGCCUGGGACGUCUCUAAAGAAGCCAACAAAGCCAGAUUACUCACCAUGUGCACAAGGCAUUUUGGCAGCGUGGUGGCACAGACCAUAAGGACGUACAAGACAGACCAGUUCCCCCUCCUCCUCAUUGUCAUGGGCAAGAGGGCAUCCAACGAAGUUUUAAAUGUCAUUCAAGGAAACACAACAGUGGAUGAACUGAUGAUGAGGCUUAUGGGAGCAAUGGAGAUCUUCACAGCCCAGCAGCAAGAAGACAUCAAGGAUGAGGAUGAACGUGAAGCCAGAGAAAUGGUGAAGAGGGAGCAAGAUGAGGCCUACCGCUUGUCAUUAGAAGCUGAUCGCAAAAAGAGAGAAGCGCAGGAGAGGGAGGAGGCAGAACAAGUUCGUCUGCAGCAGAUCCAGAAAGAGCAGGAGGAGGAGAGGGAGGCCAUCCGCCUCUCGCUGGAGCAGGCCCUGCCACCGGAGCCCGAGGAGGACAGCAGUGAGCCGGUCAGCAAGCUACGGAUCCGGACGCCCAGUGGGGAGUUCUUGGAGCGACGCUUCCUGGGCAGCUGCAAGCUGCAGGUCCUGUUCGACUUUGUGGCCUCCAAGGGCUACCCAUGGGACGAGUUUAAGCUGCUCACCACCUUCCCUCGCAGAAAUAUCACCCAGCUAGACCCAGCGUGGACUUUGCUGGAGGCCAAGUUGUUUCCUCAGGAGACUCUCUUCCUGGAAGCCAAGGAAUAAGGACUGAGAGAGAGUGGAAGGGCAGGCUGGAGGAGUGGAGAAGAACCACAGCAUUGUCCCCAUCUGCCUACAGAGACCACUCUCACAUUCAUACACACACACACAGACACACACACACAUGCACACACACAGACUUGCAUAUACACAGGAGCUGCAUAGCUCUCUUGCUGUGCCGUGUACAUGCACAUCCAUUUCUGCCUACAUGCAUGGACACAGUCUCUCACAUGUACUUGGUCUGACACACUCUCCUCACUUAAUCGCAAUGUCAUGAGCUCCUCUGCCCACACGAGAUAAAAAGCUAAAAAAAAAAAAAAAAACAAAAAACAAAAAGAAGAAGCAGAGAAGUGUAACAUUGACAUGGAUAAGGACUUUUGACAAAGGCUUCAUUUUAGACGUUUUGUGUGUAAAGAUGGGGAAAAAAAAGACAUUUCCUGGAGAACGCUGGACUCUCUCCGUUCGCCCUCCAUUCUGAUCCCACUUUGCCGGACCCAUCCCUGAUACAUACGUCAUGUGAUGGGACGCCGUCAAGCCCCGCCCCCAUCCCAACACUGAUUAUCCUGGUUUUAAUUUGCAGUCCUGCACAAUCACCCGUACCUUCCAGUUUCAUUUUCUUUCUCGAUCCCUUUUGAGUUUGACGCUGUACUAGUUUUAGUUUGAUAUACAGUAUAUAAAAUAUAUAUAAAAUGUAUUUGCCUGAGCCAGAACUCUCUUCAAACACACAUGCAUGCGAACAGGUUACCUGUUUUAAUUUCAAGCUUUUUAUCAUUAUGGAAAUUAUUUUCUAAUUUAUGUGUAAAUCUCAAUAGAGACUUAACAGAACUGUCUCGUUUCUACCACAAGGAAUUCAGUAUUAUCUUUUGCGGUAGAGCUGGAUUGUGUAUUCAGACGAUAGAAUUUAUUUCUGCCUUUCAGAUUAUGUUAAUAUUUUUCACAGAAUAGAAUGACAUUUGUUAUUGAAUAUUUAUUUUUUGAAUCUUC